AUGUCCUUCCUCGAGGACCCAUUCCCGAUAGAAACAACAUCAAAUUUCAUCAUAUUAUUGACUCCAAAUACAACUGAUAUUAAAAAAAGACCCGCACUCUCUUCAACUUCAUCAAACCUAACUAACGAUCCGACUACCUCCAAAUCCCCUUCUCAAGUUAAUAUAUUAAAAGAAACUAUUUCUAAACCAAAUACGAUCAAAAUAUCGAAACCAGCAACCAAAAAAUUAAAACGUAAUCAAUCUAUAGAAAAUAUAGUCUUAAAGCUCGAUGAAAUUCUAGAACCCACCAAACCCAAGUUUGAAGAAUUGUCCAACAAAAAAAUUAAUUAUGAACAGUUUAAGUUCAUAAUUGAAAACUCUCUCAGCGUAUCCAACCCAGCUUCAAUUUUAGAUGAUUUUAACAUUACAUAUCUGGAAAUGAUCGAGGUCAUAGAAAAAAUCAAGCCUACAAUCAAUACUCCAGGCAUAAAAAACAGAUUGACGUGA